AUAGCCGGAAGCUAAAACCUCGCCGUUAAACCCCCGGGGAAAAACCUCCGGUCUUCUUCAUGCUGUCUACCGCCGGACGAGUUCGGAGCGCCUACCCGUGCCUGGAACACCUCUUUCUCCAUUUCCGGUCCGUUAAGACCGAUGCCGGUUCUUCCUCCUCCCGGCGAAGGCGAUCCAAGCUGUCGCCGUCGACGUUGCUCAAGAAGGUGGAGGAAAAAUCGGAGUGGUGGGUGGUGGACGGAGAAAUGCACGAGAUUGGCGAAAACGUGCCUCUAAGAGAACGCUUCGUAAUCCCCAGAGAGAACAUCCCUAACCGCCGCCGUAAGCAGCUCCGCGAACAGUUCAUGCGCCGUACUCGCCUCGUCCUCAAAGAAUCCGAGCAUGAACCGUGGUGCAAAAGGUAUAUGGAGCUAUAUAAUGAGAUGAGAGAAAACUGGGAGAGGCUGUAUUGGGAUGAAGGUUACUCCAAGAAACUUGCUCAAGAUCAUGCAAACUAUGAAUCUGCUGAAGAUGAUGAAGAAGACUUUUCUCCUUAUAGGAGAAGCAAAUCUUACGCCGAACAAAUAAAGGAUCAGGGUUUGGUAAGAAAUAGGCAAGAUGAUCACUGGGAUAAGGUUAGCUUAAUCCGCGACAAGUUUGAGUAUGACAGAGAAAGAAGGAUGAGAGAAAGAGCGUUUGCUCCAAUGAAUGAAGCAAACGAUGUUCGCAUGGAUCAUCCAGCUUCCAGGAACGAGCCUUUUGACGCCAGGAGAUACAUCUCUGACAGCGAGAGCGACUAACUGAGGAUCAUCAGUAUUUCAGGUGAGAAACCUGAGUAGUUUUAAACCGGGGAUGAAAGAAUCCCAGUUUCGACAGAUAAGAGGACAAGCAUGAUAUCAAAUUUAGGAGAUACUUGCACAGGCGCACAUUCUCAUUACUUUCGAAUCAGAGACCUCCAAACUUUCACUCCCUCAUCGUCGAUGAAAGUGGGAUGGAGGACGUAGUAUUGUUAGUUUUCGUGUUAUGUCACGAUGCUCUGUUGAUUUUUCUUUGACAUCAAGAUGGUGGCUUUCGAGCAUGGUUUUGCUGCUUCAGUGAUACUAUCCAUCAACAAUGAACUCCCCAUUGUGUUUGUGAUGUCUUGUAAGAAGAUGACUAGAGAUUCUGAAACUUGGGAAUGGCUUUAUGUGAAUUUUGUAUCAGAAGCCUAUGGUGAAAUAGGCAGUUUACUCAUCCAAGCAAAUUUCUAUAUUGUUGAACAGCAACUCUCUAUAAUUUUGGAAUUCAUUCUACUCGAGUAGUC